UCAUUUCCUUGUGUGACCUUGAUUUCCCUUGUUCCCCACGAGAAAUUUCAAAAACCCUACCUCACAACCCCACCCCACCCCUCCCGAUCUUCCCCACCCAAAACCCUAGCCGCCCCAGAUCGCCCGAGGCGCCGGAAAUGGAGGUGCCGCCGGAGAUGCUCGACACCUUGGCGGGGUGGUUCGCACAGACGCUCUCCCCCGACGCCGCCGCCCGCCGCGCCGCCGAGCAGAGCCUCUCCUCUGCCGCCUCCACGCCGGGAUUCGCGCUCGCGCUCCUCGCCCUCGCGUCCUCCCCGCGCCAUGACCUCCAGGCUCGCCUCGCCGCCUCGGUCCACUUCAAAAACCUGCUCCGCCGCCGCUGGCCCAAGCCCUCCCCCGACGCCGACGACGCUGACCACCUCCCGGCCAACGACUGCGCCAUCGUCAAGACGCACAUCCUCCAGCUCCUCCUCACCGCCCCGCCCCUCAUCCAGAAGCAGCUCUCCGAAGCCCUCGCCGCUGCCGCGGCCACCGACUUCCCUGCCAAAUGGGAGUCGCUCCUCCCGUCCAUCGUAUCCUCACUCGGCACCGCCCUCUCCGCGGGGGACGUCCCCGCGACCAACUCCCUCCUCGCCGCGGCGGCUUCCCUUUUCUCCCGCUUCCGCAACGUCUUCGACAACAACGCCCUCCGUAUUGACCUCAAGUAUUGCCUCGACAGCUUUGCCGCGCCCCUCCUUGAGGUCUUUCUCUCCACCUCUCGCCGCCUUCAAGCUUCUGCAGCUGCUGCCAACCCUCUUGAAGUCCGCCCGGUGUUUGAGUGCCUUCGCCUGUGCUGUGAGAUCUUCUACUCGCUUAACUCCGUGGACCUGCCGGAGUUCUUCGAGGACCACAUGCGUGAGUGGAUGACAGAGUUCCGUGCAUUCCUCACGACCUCCUAUCCACCGCCUGUUGAGGCAGAUGGUGCCCCAGAUGCGCUCCGUGCUGCUGUGUGUGAUAACCUGCAGCUGUACAUGGAGAAGUAUGAGGAAGAGUUCAGGGGAUAUUUGAAGGAGUUUGUUGAGGCUGUGUGGGGGCUCCUGAUGGCGCCGACAGUCUCACCGUCCCGCGGUCAGCUUGCCGUGACUGCAAUAAGGUUCUUGACAACAGUCGCCGAAAGUGUGCACCAUGCGUUGUUUGGGAGCCCUGAGGCAAUGAAGCAAAUAUGUGACAGUGUUGUUGUGCCUAACUUGAGGUUGCGGGAUGAGGACGAAGAGUUGUUUGAGAUGAACUGGGUGGAAUAUGUCAGGCGUGAUUCCGAGGGAAGUGAUACGGAUACGCUGAGGCGUGCUGCAUGCCGCUUGCUGCGGGGACUUGCGGCAAACUACCGGGAACAGGUGGCUGCACUUGUAUCAGCGCAGGUCCAGCAGAUGUUGGCUGCAUAUGCGGCUGACCGGGUGAACAACUGGAAGGAGAAGGAUGCUGCAAUAUAUCUUGUAAUCACUCUUAUGCAGAAGCCUGGUGCCACAGGGGGUGGGGUGCCUGUGGUUGACAUGGAGAGCUUCUUUACAUCUGUGAUUGUGCCUGAGCUGCAGGCCCCUGAUUGGCAAUCUGAACCAAUGCUGAAGGCAACUGUCCUCAGGUUCUUGAAGGAGUUCAAGGACCAGAUUCCCAAAGCCACUGCACUAGCACUGCUUCCAAGUGUGACAAGGUUCCUUACACACGAGUCCAAUGUUGUCCAUUCGUAUGCUGCGGUCUUUAUCGAGAACCUGCUGAUUACCAAGGACGUGGUCCAGGUACCAGGGGUAAACACAGUGACAAGGUCUCCACGGUAUGUUGCUACCGAUAUCAACUCAUUUGCCCAGCAGAUUAUUGAAAACUUGUCCAAGGCGCUAAGUUUUCCUGAAUCUCAUGAGAACCCCUAUUUGAUGAAGUGCCUGAUGAGAGUGCUUGGAAUUGCUACUAUCGCCGGACAAAUUGUUCAUGAGAUAACUGCUCGUCUUGUGGGAAUUCUUAUGGAAGUCUGCAAUAACCCCAAGAACCCUGACUUUAAUCAUUAUCUGUUUGAGGCUCUGGCAGCUGUGAUUGGCCAGGCUGGUGAGAAGGACCCAGCAUUACUCCCUUUGUUUGAGGCAAGCCUCUUUCCAGUACUCCAGAGGAUAUUAGUUGAGGACAUCUCAGAGUUCUGGCCAUAUGCUUUUCAGAUAUUCGCACAGCUUGUCAAUUUGAGCCGACCACCUCUCUCGCAGAAUUACAUGCAGCUUUUUGGUGUCCUGCUCAGCAAUGCUACUUGGGACCGGCCACCAUGUGUUCCUGCCUUGGUUCGUUUGCUGCGAGCAUUCCUUCGGAAAAUUCCAAAUGAGCUUAAUCAAGAAGGUAGGCUGCCAAAUAUCUUAGUGAUAUUCCGCAGUCUUGUUUCACGUAGCAGCACUGAAGAAUCUGCAUUCUACAUGCUUAACACACUGGUGGAAAAUGUUGGUUUUGACAUUAUGAAUCCAUACAUAAGUGAGAUUUGGAGUGCUCUGUUUACUCGACUGCAGACUAGGCAAGCAGUGAAAUUUGUGAAUUCUCUUGUGGUUGUCAUGUCCUUAGUGUUGGUCAAAUAUGGGCCAGGUGUUCUUGUCAGUUCCGUCGAUACAAUCCAGCCGAAUCUUUUCACCACAAUUCUUCAACGUUUUUGGAUUCCCAAUCUCAAGUUUAUCAAAGGUUCUCUUGAAAUUAAGCUUACAGCAGUUGCCUCAACAAAGUUGCUUUGUGAGUCUGCGGUGCUGUUAGAUGCUGCUGCAGCCCAAUCGUGGGGCAAAUUGCUUGACAGCAUUGUCACGCUGUUGUCCAGAACCGACCAAAAUGGAGCACAGCAAGAGCAAAAUGAUGGCGCUGAUGCAGUCGAUAUCCAGAGAACAUCUGGCUAUUCUGUCUCAUUUGUACGCCUUCAGUAUGCUGGGAAGAGUGAAGAUGAUCUGUUGAAAGAAGUUAGCGAUCCAAAACAGUUCUUGGUCACAUCCCUGGCCUCACUUUCUGCGCAGUCUCCUGGGAGGUUUGGUCCUGUUAUUGAGCAGCAUGUGGACCCUGCAAACAAAAGUGUUCUUCUUCAACUCUGCGCCGCCUACAAUGCCAACAUUGUCUAGGAGCCAAUGGUGUCGUUGGAAGGCGUUUGCUUGGUUUCCAAGAGUUUUUGUCAGAGGAUUGGGUGUCAUGUGUCCGGUUUCGUCUUUGGUCUAGUGGAAUGUUGUAAGCUGGUCGCGGGAGGGUAAGGAUGCCAAAUCAUAUAGUAUGAGGACAUGGACUUCAUGCAGAAUCUAUCUAUUUUGGUUUGGAUUUUUCGAGUGUUUUCUCGGAAAGGGUGCUGAUACUCGUUGAGAAUGUUGUCAACAUGGUGUCUGUGUCAAUGUCAUUCCAGGUGGAAGCUACUGUAAUUUUUUGCCCGCUCGCUCUGGCACGGGAAAUGGUAUAUUUGUGGAUGUAUUGGUAUCAUCCAAUGUUCGGUCAAAUGAUGUAUGUGUCAUGAUUUUGGAGGUUGCUACUUGCAAUCCUGAUGCAACAGCUUUCCAUUAACAUAAUGGCAUAUGUGUUGUUUUA